AUGGCCGAGGAGGGCAACCUCAGGCGCCAUCCCGUCCAGCUCUCCGGCACCGCGCUGGCCAUCAUGUCUUUCCAAACGCUAGGAAUAAUUUACUCUGACAUUGGAACGUCCCCGCUGUAUGUCCUCAAUGGAAUAUGGCCGUCUUAUGGACCCACUCCCCCAAAGGAGGACGUCAUCGGUGGUCUUUCAGCCAUAAUUUGGGCCAUGACCAUCUUGCCACUCAUAAAAUACACCCUCAUCGCUCUUCGUUUCGGCACUAGUGAGGGUGAGGGUGGUACCUUUGCGCUACUUCAAGGACUUUAUCCUAGAGACACCAUUUCUGCGUUUCAACGCACGCUCACCAGCGAUUCUGAUGCCAAAGGGCGUGCUCCAGAGAGGAUCGAACGUGGACAGUCGUUCCUUAGUCGUGGGAAAUGGCUUUUGUACCUGUGGAGCUUCUUUGGUACUUCGUUGACGCUUGGUGAUGGUAUCUUCACCCCUGCCGUAUCUGUGACGUCCGCUGUUGGUGGUCUUGCAGUCGCAAAGCCUAGCGUCAUCAAUCAGAUUACGCCUAUUUCGAUUGGUUUCCUUCUCGCGUUGUUCCUUGUUCAGCGCUUUGGCACCCACAAGAUCACCUUCGCAUUUGCUCCUGUCACCUUCGGAUGGCUGGUCCUGAUUGGAGCGACUGGAAUUUAUAAUAUUACGAAAUACCCAGGGAUAUUCAGGGCUUUUGAUCCAUCCCGGGCUAUCUUGUGGUUUGUUCGUACCAAGAACUAUGAUGCCCUGGCUGGUGUUCUCUUGGCUCUGACGGGAUGUGAAGCUAUGUUCGCCAAUCUUGGGCAGUUCAAUGCUCUGUCUAUUCAAUUGGCUUUUGGUCUCUUUGUUUAUCCUUCUCUUCUCCUCGCAUAUCUCGGUCAAGGGGCUCGCCUUAUCACAGACGGAGGUGCUGUCAUGUCGAACAUUUUCUAUAUGACGAUCCCUGGACCUCCUAACGGUGCCCUUUACUGGAUUGUUUUCGUUUUUGCAUUGUUGGCCACGAUUAUCGCCAGUCAAGCUCUAAUCACUGCCACUUUUAGCUUGACUCAGCAGCUCAUCAACAUGAAGGCUCUGCCACCUCUUCGCUUGGUGUACACCAGUUCUGUCGUACAAGGUCAGGUAUAUGUGCCAGCGGCUAAUUACACCCUCGGACUUGCCACCGUCAUCAUCGUUGGUGUUUUCAAGAACCUCACGAACUUGACAAACGCUUACGGAUUUGCGGUGGCGACAGUGAUGUUCGUGACGACUAGCUUCCUCUCGAUCCAUAUCUACAUCAAGAAGGGGCUUCCCCUCGGCUUUGCUGUUGGCUUUUUGCUUACCUUCGGCUUCUUCGACGGUUUGUUCUGGGGUGCUGCUCUGAGAAAAGUUACGCAUGGUGCUUGGGUUCCUCUCACGAUAGGGUGUAUAUUAUGCGCGCUGAUGAUGUUCUGGACUUGGGCAAAGGGGCUUGAGGAUGCUUUCGAUGGAAAAAACCGCAGAAAUCCUCGCAGCUUUAUUGUCCACCGAGGCUUCGGAGAGAAGGGUUCCCUGAAUAGGGGUGCAGAAUCUGACCCUCUUGACAUCGCGAACACUCAGCAAGACACUGAGAACAAUGACGGUGAGAUCAUCGAGGAGGAUCAAGUUGGUUUAGCCCAAGAUACUUCUGUGGUUAAACGUACAAAUUCUGCCUUGAGUGGCGACGAUCAGGGAGAUGGUUUGGUGGACACGAAUCAAGAGUUAUUCUUCCUCGAUGAAAGCUCCGCUUCGGCUAUCCAGUUGCCAAGAAUACCUACCUGUGCGAUCUUCCACAAGCUUACGGGGGGUCGUGGUGUUCCCCACUCGUUCUACGGUUAUGUGAGGCAGAUGCCCUCCUUGCCUCGCGUUGUUAUCUUCUUGUCUGUUCAAGUGUUGCCAAUUGCCUACGUCGCGACCGACGACGCCUAUAUUGUGUCUAAAGUUCGCUCAAUACAAGGCUUUUACGGAGUGACAUACUGCCUUGGUUUUCGGGAUGAUUUCAACCCAUCAACAGAACAGAUUUUGAAGCUGAUCUAUGCCACAGAAGCGCGCCUUGCAACGACUCAGGCUCGUCAAGUGAUUGGGGAGGUGCAGCUUGCCGCUACACGUACUGUUCACAUAAUACCACACUAUCGCAUCGCCAGUAAGGAUCCCAAGAUCGAACUCAAAUGGGCGUCAAUUGUUUUGUCUUGGCUGAAACGCUUCUUGAUCGAAUCCCUGUAUGCUCGUUUAUCUACGAUGUUCCCUGAGACAGCGAACUGGGCCCUCAAUCAUGAAGAUAUCCUUCAUGUUGGCGUUAACGCUGCUAUCUGACCAACCGUUACGAUUGAUCUUCUACAAAUAGGGGUACCGCGAGUUGAUCUGUCUUUCAUAAUCCUCGUUUUUCUCGACUUCACUUAUACGUGUGCUAUCCCCACGAUGGAUAUUCUCACGAUUGCUCGGUGACCAACAUGAUUCGUUACUACCACCAACCGAG